GCCGCUACCCCCUUCCGGCAUAAAAGAGCCGGGGCGGGCACGGGCCGCAGCGUGGGCAGCGCUCGCAGCCCCAGCACCGCUGCUGCCAUGGGGACCAGCGGCUGCUGCCUCCUGCUCGCCCUGGCGCUGCUCGCUCUGCGCUCCGCCGUUGCCAGGAAGUGCAACCUGCAGGGCUUGUGGAGGAACGAGCUGGGCUCCAACAUGACCCUCUUGGCCCUGGACGCAGCUGGAACCUUCUCGGGCUCCUAUCACACUGCUGUAGCAGCCACCAACAAGCAGAUCCUGGUGUCACCGCUGCAAGGGGUCCUGCAGCACUCCAGUAGCAAGGGGCAGCCCACCUUCGGCUUCACUGUGCAGUGGCAGUUCGCAGACUCCAUCACAGCAUUUGUGGGCCAGUGCUUUCUGGACCGCCGUGGGAAGGAGACUCUGGAGACAACAUGGCUUGUGAGGGAAGAGGUCCCAUCCCGCAGAGACUCAUGGAGAGCAACAAGGGUCGGCACCUCUAUCUUCACCCGCAUCAAGUGAUGGGGAUGGAGAUUGGAGCUGCUUGCAUCCUGCUGUCCCACCUGCAUUCCUGAGGCUCUCCACUCUCCUGGUCCUGGGCUGGGCUCCUCCUUGCUCCCAGUAUCCUGGCUGGAAACACACCCUCACUCUGUGCUGCUUCCUCCCAGUGCUUCCCAACAUCCCUUCCCAAAGCUUGCUGCCCCCAUACAUGGAGCUGAAUAAACCUUUCUGUGCCUGGAAAA